AUGCUGAUUUCUUGCUCUGACGAUGUCUGUCACAUGACGGACAGAGUCAUCGAGAUUUUCCUCACACAACCUAACAGUCGCAAGGACAAGGCAACUCUUCUUCGGUAUCGUUUAAGCCUUAUCACUGAAGAUUUUAAAAAUUUCCUACGAUCGGUUACCGUCAUAAGUCUCUUCUUGCCUUGGUCUGAUUCAUUUUCUAAUUUGCAAUCUUAUCCAUUGUGCCUUAACCGCAUUUAUCAGCCCACUUGCGUCGAGUCAGUAAUUGGAAAGCCCAGCGAUGCCGAUUCGGCCAGACCAAGCGAUCUGCCCUCGAGCAUAGCAUCUUCAGUCGGAGCCGAGGCAGGCGGAUCUGAGUCUCUGAGCGACAACAAAAUAGGCUCAUCCACAGACUGUGGAUUUACCCAUAGCGAUAGACUCAGCUCGUCUGGCCGACAGGAUUUGCCAUCCGCUGGCCAGACCGACCCGACAGCCUCACGAGCCCCGUGGAGGCAUCGUCUUCACCCACCGCCGGUGUUCGCCUCCACCUCCGCCUCUUCGGCCCAACCCGAUUUGCCGCAGACUCGAGGACGCCAACGCACGAUGCUGUCUGCCGAACCGGCCCGACGAGCUCCUCGGGUCGCCAGUCUGCCGCCUGGCAGCCUCAUUGAGGAUCGAGUCGGUCCGCUGGCUCUCGUUAAACCCUCCGGCAUCGUCAACACCGUACCUCCGCCUCUCAGACCAGGCGUUCUGGUACAGACAGCGUCUUCUUCCUCCGAUACCAGGUCGGGCCAGUCGGCUCGGGCCGUCACAUCGACAUCGGACAGGGCGGUGGGAAAGACCGGAAACACUCGUCCCUUCACCAACAGUGGCCAGACCUUUAGCUUGGCCUCGUGGCCAGCCGUUGCUGGCUUCGGAAUGACCGAUCACCUGCAUGGCAUGGCUAGUAAAACGGGCUGUCCUUAUGUGGCCGGCAACGAGGCUUGUCGGCUGCAUGAGCCGUCAGACCGGAAAGCCAGUCAAGUUGAACGUUGUGCAGUUGCCGAGACCGCUCGAGCCUCACAGGUGCAUAGCAACCGUUUUACCAUAUAUGUCCUUGAGAUAAUUUCAGAAAAUCGUCUUUUUCUUUCAUUAAUUAUAGGUGGGGGACCAUUAAUAUACGAGACUAAUAUUCUCAAAUAA